AGAGGCUGCACUGCAGGAAUCCGGAUAUGAUGAAAAGUUUGAGACGCAACUAUCAGAAAACUACUGCACGUCGAAAGUGUCGCGCGAGAAGUAUUAUUGUUAACAUCUGGACAAAGUGGGACUGGGACACGCGCUGACUGCUAAACUUACCGUUAAAAAAGUUUCUCGUCGCUUCUCUUUCACCCUUUUUUCGUCUUUUCUUCCCGAGAAAGAGUUGCAGGGAGGAUAGGAAUAAAUUACAUUUGAAGCGAGGGAGUUGUCAUGUUUGAAAGCUGAUGAUGAGACAUUGGUUUGAGGGCUGAGGGAAAGGAGGAACUUCUUCUGCGGCUGUGUGUGUCCCAAAAACACGACUGUCUCAUGUCCAAGGAGACUGUCCUGACUCCGGAUGGGCCGGGAGGGCCAGGGAAGGGCCCUCAGCAAGAGACAAGUCCCCUGCUGUCAGCCUCACAAGAUGCUUGUGACAGUGAAUCGUCAGGAAGAACAGCAUCUCCGAGAAAACCGGACGCCGGAGGACAAAGUCACGUGACCGAGGAGAAGUCUACUUAUGGCGAGCCUGUAAGAACUCAACCAGAGCCUGCCGAUGGAGCCGCUCGCAAGGAUCAAUAUGGCUUUCACCACAACAGCACUGGCACGCCCACGUUCAGCAACGGCGUACACCCGGGGGCCGCACGCACAUGCUCCUGCGGUGCCAACAGCCCCACGGGGGCCACGGGUGGUUCUGGCCCCGGCACAAGAGAGGCGCCGACCACGGAGCAGCCCAGGAAGCAGCCGUCGACGCCGGUGUCGCAGAGGAUGCAGAGGAAACUGAGGUCCAGCUUGUCGGUGAACAGCGAUAGCAGCCGGCGCAGUAAAGGCAGCUCCACCAGCUCACAGAAGCCUCCUUUACCCGAGGACUGCUGCGUCCACUGCAUCUUGGCGUGCCUGUUCUGCGAGUUCCUGACUCUUUGCAACAUGGUGGUGACGCAGGCCUCGUGCGGCGCCUGCACAUCGGAGGCCUGCUGCUGCUGCUGCUGCGCCGACGACAUGGGCGACGACUGCAACUGCCCCUGCGACAUGGACUGCGGCAUCAUGGACGCCUGCUGCGAGUCUUCAGAUUGCCUGGAAUUCUGUAUGGAGUGCUGCGGCAUCUGCUUCCCCACAUAGGGGGGUGGGCUGUGUCUCUGCAGGGGGGAUAACUGGACUCUGGGUGGAGGAAUGGAAGGAAACUGCUGCUGCUGUCACUUUGAAUUCAGCAGCAGACAGGGAAUAUGUGUGUGUGCGGUAAAUGUGUUUGUGAACGUCCUUUUUUAUGUGAGUGUGUGUGGUAUGGUGUGGCUGAGUAAAGCAUGCUUUGAAAGAUGUAUUUUGACACUGGGCUUCUUCAUCAAAACCAGCUCAGCAAGAGCUAGAAGUAACUCCAGAUAUAUGAACAAUACAUCUUCUGUGUGUUAAGUAUUCUAUCCUCUGCGUAAAAAGUAUUAUCAUAGUAUCACAGUAACGAUUUUAUUCAGGAAUGCUGUCUACUUUUAUCUUAUCUUUUAGUCGUUUUGAUGAACGUGUGCAUACUAAACAAAAUGAGUUAUUUACUCUGAUUCCAUUUACAAUACAUGUGUUGCUGUUAAUUCCGCUCCAAAACUGAGGUUGCGGUCUUCGUGCUGUACAACACUGUAACGGGUUUAUGUGUCAGCUCAUACACUCCUGUUAUGAAAUGUAGUUUAGCAACAGUGACUUUCAUUUACAGUUAUCUACUGUAGCACUGUAGAACAACCAAAACUGGUGAAAUAUCAAAGGGAAAUCAGGACAAUGCUACUUUUUAUUUUUUUCAAAGAAGUGUGCCAGUUUGUGCCAAUGCUUUUGCUUUUUUAUUUCAAGCAUUCCUUUUAAAGGGGCCCUAUUAUGCUCUUUGGGCUUUCCCUUUCCUGUAGUGUGUUGUAGGAGUUUUUGUGCUAAAAUCCCAAAGUUUCUCUCGAAUACACUCCCUCUAACUACACCUCUAAAGCUGCAUCUCACUUCGGUUAAAUGGAUUCCUUGAGUCCCUCACUUGCGUCGUUUCCCUGCGACUAGUCCCUCCCACCAGGGAAGCAUGGAGAGACGCAAGGAAGCCACGAGAAGCCGGGAAAUACGUUUUAAGAGCAAUGGGACGUCGUUUUCUCCCGAGCGUCACUUGAAGCGACGUCCGUUUGUGAUGACGCUGCACAGCUGAUCGUCUGACAGCAGCCAGAUCAGUGCAUGCGCUGCAUCGUCCAAUCAGUGAGCGAUACACAGUAAGGGGGCGGGGCGAGUGUCUGAGGAUUUCACCGGAGGAUGGUCUGGUAGUUCCUCGAUUAUCGCUCCUCGAUCCUCCGGCAAAAUAAGGCCACUGGGACGGUACUCAAGAUGGCGCAGACAAAUCAACUUCCGGCAAGACCGAGGAGGGAGGAAAUCAAAAAUAACCGAAGUGAGACGCACCCUAAGUGGUUGACCAAUCAAAAUAGAGCAGGCCAGCUAACCAAUCAGAGCAGACUGGGCUCUGGUUUCAGACAGAGGGUGAAAAGAGGUGCUGCAGCACAGGCAGAAUGAGAAAAAUAAAGAGCUUUUUAAUUAAAGAAUGUGAACAUGUCACAGUAGAGGAACACAAUACAAAUAUGAACCUGAAAAUGAGCAUAAUGGGACCCCUUUAACUGAAGUUGCCUUUAAUCACAUAAAAAAAUACCGACAAUUUGUUUGCGCAAUAAUGCUGGAAGGUCAAUGAAAACAUGUUUUACAAAAGAAUCUCAUCUCUCUCCUGAUUGAGCAGUAUUAAGCCUUGGAUUUACUGGAAAUACAGUCACAUCUUUAAUGAAAAUGAACGCUUCUGCCCGCUCGUUGCAACGUAAAGAUAAACAAUGUAACGUCAGCCAUUUACGAUUAGGCUUUGUCAGCUGCACAUGGUACACAUAUUUCCUCUGAGGCUAUUUUAAAUACAUACUGUGUAAGUAUGACUUGUUGAACUGCACUCGAGGGGUGUGAUAUGGAAUUAAAAAAUGGUGACCCUGGUUGCCAUAUAAGCGGCUUUCGGGUAUCAAGCCCAAGUGACUCUCAAUACAAAAAAGGAAUCAUGGACUGUCACGUUGAAAUGGUAAACUAAUGCAGGGUAAAGGCAGUUUUCUUCUCCUUUUUUUCUGUUGCUUAAUUCUGUGUAUCUGGAGAUGAGUUUGUGGUGAAUCACCAGUGGAGUCAUUUUCUUGUCUUGCAGAUCCGCUUUGAUGUUGUUUAAGUGAUCGUACUUAAUGCUGGCCUUCAUGAGCAUCGCUUGCUUCAAGAAAUGUCCCUUCCUAACGCCAACAAAGAUAUUGUGCUGCCAUGUACAGCUCAUAUGAAUGGCGCACUGAUAUUGUGUUUAGGUAUUGGAUAGGCACGUCUGCAGCAGAUAAUGUGCAGAACCUCAUUUGAAUGUUUAUGAUUAACUCACGUGUCAAGAAAACACUAUAGAUAAUGUGAAGACUUCAUCUAAAAAGAGAGCAAUGUAUACAUGUAGCCACAAUAGAUGUUCUCUUAUACUUUACUGUUGUAUAUUGUUUUUUCCUCCUGUACCUUACACUUUUAUUUCUCAACUUUGCUCCUUUUCUUAGUUUUGUACAUUAUCUUCUUUCUGAAAGAGAUCAGUUUUUACAAAAUAAAUCAUUCCCAAAAAUG